AUGCCUGGGUGGAUCUCCAAAAGCAGCAGCAGCAGCAGCAGCAGCAGCAGCAAGUUGGGUCUGCUGCAGCAGCAGCCUAGAAAACAGCAGCAGCAGCAGCACGAGGCCAGCCAACGGAAGCAGAAGCAGCAGCAACAGCAGCAGCAAGGCCCUCGCCGUUUCGCGGUCUCAUCGCAGCCGCAGCAGCAGCAGCAGCAGCCGCAGCAGCAGCAGCCGCAGCAGCAGCAGCAGCAGCUGUCCCGGCCGGGCACUGCCGGGCCCCCGAAGAGGCCAGCGUUAGGAGUCCCGCUCCGCAGCAAGAGCCGCGCGGCGCCCCGCAGCGCAGCAGCAGCAGCAGCAGCAGCAGCAGCAGCAGCAGGAGCAGCAGCAGCAGGAGGGAAGAUGCUGGACGCGUCGACGUUGCGUUCGAAGCUGCAGCGGACGCUGCAGCUGGAGCUGUCUUCGUUUGGGGUGUCUGGCGCUGCAGCAGCAGGCGGUUCGGGGCUGGGGCUGCUGUGCAGCAGCAGCAGCAGCAGCAGCAGCAGCAGCAGCGAGCAGGAGAAGAGCAAAGUGCUGCUGGAGGCGCGCUGCUUUGCUGCUUCGCCCCCAGACCCUGUCUGCUGCAGCCGCGUGGCCACGCAGCUGCUGUUCCUGCUGCAGCAGGGUUUGCUGCUGUCUGCUGCUGAAGCUUCGGGGCUUUUCUUUUCACUGACACGGCUGCUGCACGGGAAGCAGCAGCGGCUGCGGCUGCUGGUCUAUUUGCUGCUGCGGCUGCUGCCUGCUGCUGCUUCCGAGGGUUUUGUCUUGACUUCUUCUUUGACCAAAGACAUGGGGGCCCCGCAGCCCAGCGUGCGUGCUGCUGCGCUGCGGUGUCUUGCUGCUGCUGCUGAUGCUGCUGCUGCUGCUCAGACGGAGCGCUACGCUCGUGCUGCACUUGGCGACAGGUCUGCUGCUGUUGCUGCUGCUGCAGUUCGCUGCGGCUUCGCCUUUUGCUCUCUGUCUCGGGAGCUGGUCCGCCGCUGGCUGGAGGAGCUGCAGGCUGCUGCUGCUGCUGCUGCUGCUGCGCCUUUCGCGGCCAUGCACGCGCUGCUGCUGCUGCUGCUGCUGAAGCAGGGCGACCACAUGGGGCAGCUCAAGGCCGUCGCCGCCGUGCUGCAGCAGCAGCAGCAGCAGCAGCAGCAGCAGCGCGCCCCAGUCGUCGACGUCGUGCUGCUGCGCCUCGGCUUCCAGCUGCUGCAGCAGGAAGCAGAUCCUCGCACUCACAGUUUGCUGCUGCAGCACGCGGAGAGCUGCCUCCGCAGCAGCGAGGAGAUGGUGGUGUUGGAAGCAGCGCGGUCUUUGUGUCUGCUGGCAGCAAUGGCGCAGCAGCCGCAGCAGCAGCAGCAGCAGCAGCAGCAGCAGCAGCAGCAGCAGCAGGCGUGGUGCGGGUACAGCAAGCUGGUGGCUUACGACAUGAGCAGCAGCUGCGCAGCACUGGCGCAGCUGUGCAGCAGCAGCAAAGCAGCAGCAAGGUUUGCUGCAACGCGGACUUUGUCGCGGCUGGCGGGCUACAGCUGCUGCCAGCAGCAAGUUGCUGCUGCUGCUGCUGCACUGGAGGGCGUGCUGGGGGGCGCGAACAAAGCAGCAGCAGCAGCAGCAGCAGCAGUGCUGCUGCAGACCGGCGGCGAAGCCCGCACGGAGCGGCUGCUGCAGCGCGUGUCUUCGCUUUGCUUCGGUGCUGCUGCUCUCGAAGCAGCAAAACUCAUUUUAAUCAAAACUGUUGCUGCUCUCUUUUGCUGCUACCCGAAGAAGCACAAGGCUUUUCUUUGCUUCCUCAGCAGCAGCUUGCGGGAGGAGGGCAGCUUGGAGCUGAAGGCAGCAGCAGUUGCUGCGCUGCUGCUGCUGCUGCAGCAGGUCCCAGCAGCAAGACACGGCUGCCUCUCCGCCCUUUGCGAGUUCAUUGAGGACUGCGAAUACCCCACACUCUGCAGCAGGAUUUUGUGUCUCUUGGGGGACGAAGCAGCAACUUGGGCAGCAGAUCCUGCUGCUGCUGCUGCUGCUGCUGCUGCAGCAGGUGACCCUGCUGCUGCUGCAGCAGCAGCAGAAAGCAGCGGCAAGUACCUCCGCUACAUCUGCAACCGCAUUGCCCUCGAGGCUUCCGGUGUACGUGCAGCAGGACUCGACGCAGCAAGCAAAGUCGGCUGCUGCUGCAGCAGCAGGAGGCAGGACGCGCUGCUGCUGCUCGCAGCAGCAGCAGCAGCAGACCCCGACGACGAACGGCUGACAGAAGAGGAAGCAGAAUACGGGGCCGAGGUGUACGUACACGCGUUUGCUGCAGGGGUGGGGCAGCAGCAGGAGCAGCAGCAGCAGCAGCAGCAGCAGCAGGAGCCGCUGCUGCUGCUGCUGCUGCAGCUGCAGGUCACCAACACGCUGCAGCAGCAAACCCUCUGCAAUGUGUCUCCUUACUUGUCUCUCAGAGACACUUCGUGGCGAGCUGUUGCUUGUCUUCCAAUUCCGCAGUUGGCAGCAGGGGAGAGCAGCAGCAGCUACGUGCUGCUGAUGCCUGCAGCAGCAGCAGCAGGCGCAGCAGCAGCAGCAGCAGCAGCAGCAGCAGCAAGGGCCUGUGCUGCAGUCCCCUGCUCCCUCAGCUUUUUGCUGCGCGAAGGCGGAGAUGAUAUUGGCUGCAGCGACGAAUACACUUUGGAGCCCAUAGCCCUCACCACGGCCCACUUCAUCCCAGCGACGCAGCUCUCUGCGAAGCAGUCUGUGCGCUGCUGGAAUGAGCAGCAGCAGCAGCAGCAGCAGCAGCAGCAGCAGCAGCAGCAGCGGCGGCGGCUGUGGCGUAGUAGUAGCAGCAGCGGCGGCGACAGCAGCAGCAGCAGCAGCAGCAGCAGCAGCAGCAGAGUUGCAGGCGCAGCAACAGCUGCGGCAGCAACGGCAAUAGCUGCAGCAUCAAUUGCUGCAGCAGCAAGAGCUGCAGCAGCAAGAGCUGCAGCAGCAACAGCUGCAGCGGCAACAGCAGCAGCAACAGCUGCAGCAUCAGCUACAGCAGAAUCAACUGCUCGAGCAGCAACAGCUGCAGCACUAACUGCAGCAGCAGCAACAGCUGCAGCAGCAGCAACAGCUGCAGCAGCAGCAACAGCUGCAGCAGCAGCAACAGCCGCAGCAGCAGCAUGA